UUCAUCAAAUCCUCACCGUCCCAACCAAACACGAGAUCAUCUGUUUUGACGACAACCCAGAGAAACACUAAAUACGGAUCCAAAGAGUUUUAGUUCAAUGGAUCUGUACAAACCUAGCUUCUCACCACCACGUGACUUGAACCCACUUUCCGCUGAAAAUCAUGGUAAACCAAACCGGAAGGUGUCGUCGACAAAGAAGUUGACUUUGUACAGACAGAAACAAAGACAUUUUACAAGAUUGUCUUUUCUUGAUCAAUCAAGAUCAGUCCUUUUUUUUUUUUUUAAUUUCCCCCAUUCCAUAAAUUUCCAAACUUUAUGUUUCUUCAUUCUUUUUGUUUCUUCAAGAUUUAUCCAGAUGCGAAGAAGCUAAGGCACACAUCAAACUCUGUUUUCUCCUCACAAAACCUUAAAAAAAUGAGUGGUACUACUACUAUUAUAUGUUUCUUGAUUCUCUCUUCUUUCUCCUUCAUCUCAGUGACAUCACUAAACGAAGAAGGACAUGCUCUUCUUGAGUUUAAAUCAUCUCUCAACGACUCCAAUAGCUAUCUUAUCAACUGGAACCGUUCAGAUUCAAACCCUUGCAACUGGACCGGAGUCGAAUGUAACCGUCUCGGAACCGUAACUUCCGUUGAUCUCAGUGGGAUGAAUCUAUCAGGUACACUGUCUCCUCUCAUUUGCAACCUUCACGGUUUAAGUUACUUGAACGUCUCCACCAACUUCAUCUCUGGUCCAAUCCCUAGAGACUUCUCUCUCUGUAGAACCCUAGAGAUUCUCGAUCUCUGCACUAACAGGUUCCAUGGAGUGAUUCCGAUCCAGCUCACCAUGAUCACCACUCUUCAGAAGCUGUCUCUAUGCGAGAACUAUCUCUUCGGUUCGAUCCCUAGGUUUAUCGGGAACAUGAGUUCGCUACAAGAGCUUGAGAUCUACAGCAACAACCUCACGGGCGUUAUCCCUUCUUCCAUAGGGAAGUUAAGACAGCUCAGAGUCAUCAGAGCAGGAAGGAACAUGUUGUCCGGUGUGAUCCCGUUUGAAAUUAGCGGUUGCGUGAGCCUAAAGGUACUUGGCUUAGCGGAGAAUCUCCUCGAGGGUUCUCUUCCUAAGCAGCUUGAAAAGCUUCUCAAUCUCACUGACUUGAUACUCUGGCAAAACCGUUUGUCCGGAGAGAUACCUUCUUCGGUAGGAAACAUCACUAGCCUCGAGGUGCUUGCGCUGCACGAAAACUACUUCACUGGAACAAUCCCUAGAGAGAUUGGGAAGCUAGUAAAUAUAAAAAGGCUGUAUCUGUACACUAACCAGUUAACAGGAGAGAUACCUUGCGAGAUAGGCAACUUGACAGAUGCUGUUGAGAUAGAUUUUUCAGAGAAUCAGUUAACAGGUUACAUCCCAAGAGAGUUAGGUCAGAUUUUGAACCUCAAGCUGCUUCAUCUCUUUGAGAAUAAUCUCCAAGGUUCAAUCCCUAGGGAGCUUGGAGAGUUAUCACUCUUGCAGAAGCUAGACUUGUCUAUCAAUAGACUAACCGGUACUAUCCCAGAAGAGCUUCAGCUUUUAACUUCUCUUGUGGAUUUGCAACUCUUUGACAACAACCUUGAAGGAACCAUUCCUCCUCUCAUUGGUUACUACAGCAACUUUACUGUUCUUGACAUGUCUGCUAAUAACCUCUCUGGUUCAAUCCCUGCUCACUUCUGCAGAUUCCAGAAGCUGAUACUUCUCAGUCUUGGUUCAAACAAGUUAUCAGGAAACAUCCCUCGCGAUCUCACAACCUGCAAGUCGCUGACAAAGCUAAUGCUAGGAGACAACAUGCUAACAGGAACCCUUCCUGUUGAGUUGUUUAAUCUUAAUAACCUUUCAGCAUUAGAGCUACACCAAAACAUGUUAUCAGGGAACAUAUCUGCAGACUUGGGGAAGCUGAAGAGCUUAGAAAGGCUGCGUCUAGCUAACAACAACUUCACCGGUGAGAUCCCUCCUGAGAUCAAGAACCUCACAAAGAUUGUUGGCUUGAACAUCUCAUCAAAUCACCUCACAGGUCACAUCCCUAGAGAGCUGGGGAGCUGUGUCACUAUCCAGAGGCUUGACCUUAGUGGCAACAAGUUCUCAGGGGAAAUAGCUGAAGAGCUUGGUCAGUUGGUGAAUCUAGAGAUUUUGAAGCUGUCUGAUAAUAGACUGACUGGUGAGAUACCUCAUAGCUUUGGUGAUCUUACAAGGCUCAUGGAGUUACAGCUAGGUGGCAAUCUCUUGUCUGGAAGCAUACCUUUGGAGCUAGGUAAGUUAACCUCUCUUCAAAUCUCACUCAACAUGAGUCACAACAAUCUCUCCGGCGCGAUUCCAGACAGUUUAGGAAACCUUCAGAUGCUGGAGAUACUUUACCUCAAUGACAACAAGCUUUCAGGUGUGAUCCCUGCGUCGAUUGGGAAUCUCAUGAGCCUCCUCAUCUGCAACAUCUCAAACAAUAACUUGGCGGGAACGGUACCUGACACAGCUGUUUUCCAGAGGAUGGAUUCAUCAAACUUUGCUGGGAACAACCGUUUGUGUAACGCUCAGAGAAGCCAUUGUGAAGGAGAGUCCCUUGUCACACAUUCUGAUUCAAAGCUGAGUUGGUUAAUGAGAGGCUCACAAGGGAAAAAAAUCUUGACAAUCACAUGUGUUGUGAUAGGUUCUGUUUCUUUUCUUGCUUUUAUUAGUAUCUGUUUGGUAAUAAAGAGACGAAAGCCAGAGUUUGUUGCUCUUGAGGAUGAAACAAAACCGGAUGUAAUGGACAGCUACUACUUCCCUAAAGAAGGUUUCACAUACCAAGGACUAGUGGAUGCAACUAGAAACUUCUCGGAAGACGUUGUCUUAGGGAGAGGAGCGUGUGGAACGGUAUACAAAGCUGAGAUGUCAGAUGGUGAAAUGAUUGCAGUUAAGAAGCUGAACUCUAGAGGAGAAGGAGCUAGCUCUGAUAAUAGCUUCAGAGCUGAGAUAUCAACGCUUGGAAAGAUAAGGCACAGGAAUAUAGUGAAGCUAUAUGGUUUCUGCUAUCACCAGAACUCGAAUCUUCUCUUGUAUGAGUACAUGUCUAAGGGAAGCUUAGGUGAGCAGCUUCAGCGAGGAGGGAAGGCGUGUUUGUUGGAUUGGAAUGCGCGGUAUAGAAUAGCGUUGGGGGCUGCAGAGGGUUUGUGUUACCUUCAUCAUGAUUGUAGGCCUCAGAUAGUUCACCGUGACAUUAAAUCGAAUAACAUUCUUCUUGAUGAGAGGCUACAAGCUCAUGUGGGAGAUUUUGGGCUGGCUAAGUUGAUUGAUCUCUCUUACUCAAAGUCUAUGUCAGCUGUUGCUGGCUCGUAUGGCUACAUCGCUCCAGAAUAUGCUUACACGAUGAAGGUGACAGAGAAAUGUGAUAUCUACAGCUUUGGAGUUGUGCUUUUGGAGCUGAUAACAGGAAAGCCACCAGUUCAACCGUUGGAGCAAGGAGGGGAUCUAGUCAAUUGGGUGAGAAGAUCAAUCCGUAACAUGGUUCCAACAGUUGAAAUGUUUGAUGAAAGGCUGGAUAUGACAGAUAAGUGUACGGUUCAUGAGAUGUCUCUAGUACUAAAGAUUGCACUGUUCUGCACAAGCAACUCUCCAGCUAGUAGACCAACCAUGAGAGAAGUUGUGGCUAUGAUUUUCGAAGCUAGAGCAUCAUCAACAAGCCUCUCUUCCUCUUCCAUCACAUCAGAAACUCCUCUAGAAGAAGAAAACUCCUCCAAAGGUAGAAAAUAACUUUGUUGCAUCACCAUGAAGUCAAAAAAUUGUUCCAGUUCAGUAUAGAGAGGAGAAGAUAGAAUUGUUGAUUCAGGUUCACUUGAGCCUCUAUUGAUCUGAGAAGACAUUGUUCAGAAACAUUGCAGAGCAUGUAAAGCAUGUUGUAACUAUAUUCCCAAAAGGACAGAACAGAAUCAGGAACUAGGUAGUCUUGAAAUAAAAUAUUAUAAUUAAUUCUGUUUUAUGGAGAUAACUUGCGUAACAA